AUGGCAUUUUCAAAGAUUUUACCAGAAUUAUUAGAUGAAAUUUUACAAUAUUUUCAUCAAGAUUAUAAAACACUAUAUUCAUGUAUAUUGGUUAAUAGAUUAUGGUGUAAUUUAGCAAUUCCAUUAUUAUGGGAAAAUCCAUUUUCAAUUGAAUUUCCUAAAAAUUAUCACUUUAUUGAAAUUUAUUUAUAUAAUUUAAAUGAUGAUGAUAAAACAAAAUUAAUUCAAUAUGGAAUGAAUAAAGAUUUAUUUCCUUUAAAUACAUUAUUUAAAUAUCCUAGUUUUAUUAAACAUUUGGAUAUAAAUAAAAUUAGUAAAUCUAUUGAAUAUUGGGAAGUAACUAUUAGAACUUCAGAAACUAAUAAUAAUUUGCAAAAUUCAAACUUUAUAAAAUUAAUUUGUAAAUCAUUGAUUCAAAUAUUCAUUGAAAAUGAAGUAAAUUUAUAUAGUUUAAAAGUUUUAUUAGGAAGUUUUGAUGAUAUUUUUGAAUUAAUUUUACAAAAUUCAAAUUUCAUUGGUAAUAUAAAAAAAUUGAAAUUAGAUCUUUUGAAAAUAUCUGAAUCUUCAACAAAAUUUUUAACAUUUCUAAGUUCUAAUUGCAAUUCAAUUUCAUCUCUUAGUCAAUCAUUUCAAUAUUAUAAUGACUAUAAACACCAACAAAUAAUGGAAAACAGUUUAUCACAAAUUAUUAAUUCUCAAAAAAAUCUUAGAAAAAUAUUAUUUAGAUCAAAUAAAUUUCCUUUGUACCAAUCAUUAUUAUCAUUAAAAAAUCCUAAUUGUUCAAAUACAUUAAACACAAUCAUAUUUUAUCAUAUUAAUUUUGAAAAUAUAAUUAUUUUAAAUGAAGUAUUUAAUCAAUUAAAUGUUUUAGAAUCAAUUCAUAUUAUUAAUUGUCAUUGUAUAGAUACUAAAUUUGUUCAACAAAUUAUUAAUAUUACUAAACCAUUUAAAUUUAAACUGAAAUCUUUAAUUUUGCGUAAAGUACCACAAUUUGAACCAUUAGAUCUUCUAUUACAACAUUUUGGUUGUUAUUUAGAAAAUUUGGGAAUUUUUGUAGAAAAUAAACCACAAUCAUCGCAAUUAUUUAAAUCAGUUACAAAAUAUUGUAGUAAAAUUAAAUUUUUAUUAUUAGGCCUUGGGAUAAAUUAUCAGAAUAUUAACUUAGUAUUCAAUUUAAUUGAUAAUAUUAAACAGAGUCUUAAUUGUCUUGUAAUUGAUGUCACUAUUGACAAUAAUGACAAUAAUAAUUUUAGUUCUAUUAUAUUACAAAAUUUAGGACAAAUUCUUCCUUUUAAAUUAGAUUAUUUGAAUUUGUGUCUUUCAAUUAAUGAAAGUGAUUUAGAAAUAUUCUUAAAGAAUUCUCAAAAUACUUUUAUUAAAAAAUUGUUAAUUAAAAUUAAAAGGAAAGAAAAAUAUGUAGAUAUUUAUCCUUAUAUAAAGGAAUAUAUUAUGAAAAAGAAAAGAGUUAAAUAUUUGGCUAUUUCAGAAAUUUCUGAUAAAAAAAAUUGGUUUUCUCUGAAAGAUAUAGUGAAAGAAUUUAAAUUAUAUGAUAUUCAAAUUUUAGAUUAUUAUAUUUUAAGAAAUGAUAUUGAUAGUAUUAAUGAUAUAUUAGAAGUAUUUAAAGAAUAA